AUGCAAGGCUCGCAGCUUCAUUCUCGUCUUCCAUACAGCCUCGCUACCGCCUACAUCAGCAUUCGCAGCCACGCCGUCGCUGCUUUCCUUCUCUUGAGGCACAGCGCUGUCCAGUCGGUCGACGCUCCCGCUCUUGACCCAACGCCAUCACUCAACCCCAACUCCCCCGCACCCUCUUCUUCGGCUGAACACAACAGGAAGGAGCAGCCAAGCUCUCUGGUCAGCCUCGUUUUCGCGGUGCCUUCAACCUCACAGCAGCGCAGUCGGGCUUGGAACAGCGCCUCGCGGGUCUCUGGCAUCGGCCUCGACUCAGCCGCUGAGCACAUCCCGCUCAUCGAUCGCGGCUGGUUCCUCUUCCCGUUUUGUCGUCGUCAUCAAGCCCUCAACCAGCAUCCGCUACAGCCCUGGACGUGUCCGGUCCAUUCGGACGCACGCCGACUCCUCAAGAAAGAAGAGGCACGCCACCCGCGGAUCCGGCACAAGUCGAGCAGCAUGCCAGCGUCUACAUCAAUCCAGGAUCUUCCAUACCGACGUCAGACUGCCGCAGAUGGCACGUCCGAAACCAUCUUCAUCGAUGACGAGGACGAUGAUUCCGCGUUCGCUGAUCGCCCCAAUCGCCGAGAUGCUACGGCCGCAUCGGGGCGUCCCUCACCCAAAAGGCACCUCGCCGACGCCACCUCAUCCGACGCUGCGCACAAGAGGAUGCGGCCCAGCGGUGCCGAUCAGUCCAGCACCAGCUCGAUCAACAGUCCGAGUUCCGCACCGCGCGAUCCUCAGCCUGGCUCCAGCGGUUCUUUGUCCCGCACCUCGAGUCUCAUGCGCCCUAGUGCCCCCGACAACGAGCUAGACUACAUGACCAUGGUCGAGCUCGAGGCAUACUUCGACUUCAACAGGAACUCCUUUCUCGAUCGCCUUGCCCGCCUUGCUCAGCGACGUCACGGCUUCAAGGACGACGAUGCUUGGCGUCAAUUCAACGCCGAAUUCGACAUAAUGCUUCGCUAUCGUGGUACCGCCGAACGCGCGCGCCUCUUGGGCAAGGCCCGCAGCGACAGCACUAAGAGUCACCCUGUGCAGCCCGACCAGCCAGCCCCAAGACCUCCUCCGCCACGCCAGCCCGAGUCGGCCACUCGCAUCGCUUCGGACUCCUUUCAGGUCCUUGGAGAACGACGAGCCUCGACUCCCGCGCCGACGAACCCCGCCAACCACCUGACUCCCUCGUCAGUCUUCCGAAGCGACGCAGGCCCUUCGUCGUCAUCGGAGCGGAGCAAGUUGCGACCACAAGCGGCCAUCGCAUCGGUCUCCUCAACGGAGCUUGUUCAGCCUCAGGACGCGCCAUUCCUGGACACGACGGGAGACGACCUCCCUUCGAGCGAAGACGACGGAUGGUCGUCCGACUUCGCCCGGCAGCUGUCUCAACAGCCUCCCGCCGCAGCCGUCCGUGCCUCGUCCCCACGGCCACAAUCACCUCCGCCACCAACCUCACGACUUCUUCAAGGGCUCAAUCAGCUCUCGGCUGGUCGUAGCGACGAUCGCCUUCCGGAUGCAUUCGGUGGCUACCAGGAGGAAGAAAACGACGACGAUAGCGACGUGUUUGACCACGCAGGCGACGAGGACGAGGAGGAGGACGACGACGACCUGCCCGAGGAGGUCAAGUUCGCGCAGCGCGGUCCGUCGAUGCAGAACACGCUCUCCUUGGAUGUCGUCAGCACCAUGCCAGACCACAAGUGGACGCGAGACGUCGUGUAUACGAUGCGCCACUUCUUCAAGCUCAAGCGCUUCCGCGCCAACCAGCUCGAGGCGAUCAACGGUACGCUCAUGGGCCGCGACGUCUUCGUGCUUAUGCCUACUGGUGGUGGCAAGUCCUUGUGCUACCAGCUCCCGGCGUGUGUCGAUUCAGGCUCGACGAAAGGGAUCACCAUCGUCGUUUCGCCCCUCCUCUCCCUCAUCCAGGAUCAGGUCCGCCAUCUCCUCUCUCUCGGGAUCAUCGCCGCCAAGCUCACAGGUGACAUGAAGCAUGCCGACAAGCAGACCGUUUGCGCCGAGGCCCUUUCCAGCCAGAGCGCGGUCCGACUCAUCUACGUCACGCCGGAGUUCAUCCGACAGUCCAAUCAGGCCAAGACGCUGCUCAACGAUCUUCAUCGGCGCAAGCGCAUCGCUCGCUUCGUCGUCGACGAGGCACAUUGCGUGAGCCAGUGGGGCCACGACUUCCGUCCGCACUACACCGAGCUUGGAGCUCUGCGCGACGACUACCCUAACGUGCCCAUCAUGGCCCUUACCGCCACCGCCAACGAGCGCGUCAUCAAGGACGUCAAGGAGCACCUCCACAUGAAGGACGUCAUCCAGCUCUCGCAGAGCUUCAACCGGCCGAAUCUCGAGUACCAGGUGCGGCCGAAGCCUGGCAACAAGGUGCUCGAGGAGAUCUCGAGCCUCAUCCUGACGUCGCACAAGGACCAGUGCGGCAUCAUCUACUGCUUCAGCCGCGAGUCCUGCGAGACGGUGGCUCACGAUCUCAGCACCAAGUACGGCAUCUCGGCGCACCACUACCACGCAAAGCUCAGCGCCGACGACCGCGCCAUGGUGCAGCAAAAGUGGCAGCAAAACAAGUUCAGGGUCAUCGUCGCCACCAUCGCGUUCGGUAUGGGCAUCGACAAACCCGAUGUCCGCUUCGUCAUCCAUCACUCGGCGCCCAAGUCGCUCGAGGGCUACUAUCAGGAGACGGGCCGAGCUGGUCGCGAUGGCAAGAGCUCUGUGUGCAUCCUUUACUACAACUAUGCCGACAUCAACAAGAUGAAGAGCAUGAUCGAGAAGGAGGAGGACAAGAGCCCCGAGGCCAAGGAGCGCGCCAUCCAGUCGCUCGACGACAUCGCACGGUUUUGCAACAACAAGAUCGAGUGUCGUCGCGUCCAGGUCUUGCGCUACUUCGGCGAGACCUUCUCUGCGGCCAUGUGUCACAAUACAUGCGACAACUGCUGCCGCAAGGGCGACACGAUCCGGACGGAGGACGUCACCGAGAUGGCGAAGAAGGCGGUGCGGCUCGUGCAGAAGCUCACCGACAAUCGAUCGCAACUCACACUGUCGUACUGCGUCGACGUCUUCCGCGGCAGUCGCAGAAAGGAGAUCACCCGGGCCGGUCAUCACCAGAUCGAGAUGCACGGAGCCGGCUCGCAGCUCAAGGUGGACGAAGCCAAGCGACUGUUCGAGCUGCUGUGCGCCGAGAAGGUCUUCCGUCAGCGCAUGCUGAAGAACAAGAUGGGCUUCAACAAUGCAUAUCUGCACGUAGGUCCGCAGGCCAAGACGGUUCUCGAGGGUCGCAAGAAGAUCACCAUGCAGUUCGAGCAGGACGGGCCGUCCGCAUCAGCGAAGACGAGCACGAGCCGCCCAAACGCGCAGCAGCAACAGCGCAGGGUACGCGACUCCGACUUUGCCGAAUUCGACGACGACGCUCACGACAUUUCGCACGUCAGCCUCAGCCCGCGCGGGCCACAGGGCGACCGUCGCGCGAAUGCGGGCCCUUCUGCCGGCGACGAAGACUUUGAGAUCCCCGAGGAGGUGCUGCACGAAGACUUUGACCCGGACCGAGAUUCGGACGACGACGAACCGUUAGCGGCGACAGGCGGCAAUACGACGCACGGAUUCGACAACGACAGCGAUGACGACGACUUUGUCAUUGACCAUCAGCGCAGCAGCAACAUGCAGGACCAGUGCUUCCGCGAGCUCAAGAAGCUCAACGCCAAGCUCGCGGAGAAGGAAGGCGUGCAGUUAUCGCAGUUCGUGCCGGACGAGCUGCUCUACGAGCUCAGCGCUUUCCUGCCGACCAACACAGACCUGGCGCUGGCGAAGCUCGAGAAUCCGAACCGGUGGUUCCGCAAGUACGCCGGUCGCUUCGUGCGGAUUUGCAGGCGGCACGUCGAGGCGACUCGAUCACAACACAAGGGCAGCGAGCGCGAGCACCAGCGCAUGUGGGACCAGGCGUCGAGCAACGUCCGACCGCGCCCAGCGGCCAGCUCAAGCAGCUCCACGCCGGCAAGAGCAGUGGCAACGGCGGCAUCCACGCCGCAGGGCCGCGCGGCUCCGCGCAAGAGCGCAUUACUGGCCGCGGCGAACCUGGAGCAGUACACUUAUGACGAGGCGGCGCCUGCGGGAGCGGCGGCGCGCACGGGAAGGGCGUCGCUCGGAAGCUCACGGCCCGCCGCGCCAGCGGCCGCAUCCAAGACGGCGCGCAGCUCACUCGGAGGGUCAAAGGACUCGGCGGCGGGCGGAUCGGCGAAGCGGCUGACGCUCGCGCGGCCUUUCAUGCCCACGAGCGGCGCGCGGGGCGCUGUCAACAUUGCGCCGAUGCCACUCAAGAUCUCGCGCAAUCACAAUCGGCCACGGCCGAGCUAG